CAUCAUGGUCAUGUGUUGUUUACUGCGCUUCUCUGUCUUGAAAUGUAUUUACAUAUUAUAGAUUACAUGCUUUUGAUUUCUAACGUAGUAACUUAAUUAAAAUUGUGCGUAGAUAUUCGUGAAGAGGGAGGUUUGAUUUUUAACCGUUUUUAAUUUUUUGAAACAUGGCUGCAAGAAAAAAGGCUUUAUUGAAAGUAAUCAUACUUGGAGAUAGUGGAGUUGGGAAAACAUCUCUCAUGAAUCAGUAUGUAAAUAAAAGAUUUACCAACCAAUACAAGGCUACUAUUGGAGCUGAUUUCCUUACUAAGGAAAUUGGAGUAGAUGAUAGACUUGUCACAAUGCAGAUUUGGGAUACAGCUGGACAAGAAAGAUUUCAGUCACUUGGAUUAGCCUUCUAUCGAGGUGCAGAUUGUGCAGUGCUUGUUUAUGAUGUUACUGCACCAAAUACUUUCAAGUCACUAGAUGGUUGGAGAGAUGAAUUUUUGAUUCAAGCUGGACCUCGAGAUCCUGAUAAUUUUCCCUUCAUUGUUAUUGGCAACAAAAUUGAUCUUGAAAAUCGAUCUAUUACCACAAAGCGUGCAUUAGCUUGGUGUCAGAGCAAGAAUAAUAUUCCUUACUUUGAAACCUCAGCUAAAGAAGCUAUUAAUGUGGAGCAAGCUUUCCAAUGUGUAGCAAAAAAUGCACUAGCACAAGAGACAGAAGUAGAACUGUAUAAUGAAUUUCCUGAUCAAAUUAAGCUUACAAAUGAACAGACACCUAGAUCGGACAGCUGUGCUUGCUAAUUUGGAACUGACUGUUGUGUUAGCAACUGCUAAGUCUUCAGCUUUUGAUAUUAAACAAUUAUAGUUAAGAUUCUGUGCUUUUUAAUUUGUAUUUUUCAGUCUGAGAUCUGAAGGGUGGUAAUCAUCAAGAUUUCAAGCAUAAAUCCUGUUUUAAAACUGAUGCUCCAUUCAUUGAUAACAUCAAUGUUUUUAAGUGUACAUAUGUUACUGCUGAAAAUUUGUGUUCUUAAGAUAUUUCUGAUGUAAAAUAUGUAUAGAAGGUUUGAGCAAUUAUAAAUAUAUAGUAUGUGAAAAUAUUUGUUAAAUGUUUUAAGAAAAAUAUCACUUAAUUGUAAUUUAUACACUAAUAGCAGUUACGCCUAUUGCAUUUUUUUUUUGUUCUUAUUUUUUUUUUCAAUGUGUGGUUAUUUAAAUGAUUUCC